UAUAAAAUCAGAGAGCGAGCCACCCCGGUCUACAGUGUGAGCGCGGCACAGAACCAUGUCUCUGGAACUGCAGAGAAGCGCGGGAUCCCCGCAGACGCACGGCAGCGGCGUGUGCGAUCCGACGCACAGGUCGCUGGAACUCCGUCGGAAAAGGAUGGAAGAGUGGGGUGCACCCUCAGAGAUGGCCCGGAUCAUCACCGAUCCGACCACUGGGAAAUGCUACUGCCGCGGAAAAGUUCUUGGAAAGGGAGGUUUUGCCAAAUGUUACGAGAUGACCGACCUCUCCACUGGCAAAGUUUAUGCAGCUAAAAUCAUCCCGCACGCGCGCGUCUCCAAACCGCACCAAAGGGAAAAGAUUGACCGAGAAAUCGAGCUGCACAGAGCGCUGCAUCACAAACACAUCGUGCACUUUUAUCACCAUUUCGACGACAAGGAGAACAUCUACAUUCUGUUGGAAUACUGCAGCAGAAAAUCCUUAGCCCAUAUUUUGAAGGCUCGCAAGGUUCUGACUGAACCAGAGGUGCGAUACUACCUCAGGCAGAUAGUUGCUGGGCUGAAGUAUCUGCAUCAACAAGAGAUCCUCCACAGAGACUUGAAACUGGGUAACUUCUUUGUGAGCGAUUCGAUGGAGCUGAAGGUCGGAGACUUCGGUUUGGCUGCCAAGUUGGAGCCAGCAGGAAACAGGCGGAAGACAAUUUGCGGCACUCCUAACUACCUGUCCCCAGAGGUGCUCAACAAGCAGGGCCAUGGCUGUGAAUCAGAUAUCUGGGCCCUUGGCUGUGUAAUGUACACAAUGCUGCUGGGCAGACCACCGUUUGAAACCACCAACCUGAAGGAGACAUACAGGUGUAUUAGGGAGGCACAAUACUCUUUGCCCUCCUCACUGUCCCCGCAGGCCAAGCAGCUGAUCGCCAGUCUACUGGCCAAGACUCCAGAGGACAGACCCAACCUGGACCACAUUCUGAGGCACGAAUUCUUCACACAGGGCUUCAGUCCCGAACGGCUGCCAAUUAGCUGUUGCCAUUCAGCACCAGAUUUCCACAUCUCGAGUCCAACUAAGAGCUUCUUCAGGAAGGCUGCAGCUGCACUCUUUGGUGGGAAGAAAGAAAAGGUCAAAUACUAUGAGACACUAAAUAAGUUGACGAAUGAGGAGGAGAUCUACAAACUGCAGCACGACCUUGAGCGAACGGUUAUCAGUCAACAGCAGAGCAAACACAAUGAUGAGAAUGGUAGUCGACUUCCGCCAUCUGCUGAAAGCCCGGUUGCCCCGGCAACAGAGAGCCAGUCCCCGACGACACAAGACACCAUCCGUCUGAUUGUCAGAGGGAGUCUGGGAAGCUGCAGCAGCAGCAGCGAAUGCCUUGAAGAUAACACAACGGGAAGCGUGGCAGAGACACUCGCCAGUGUCUUGAGAGGAUGUCUGGAAAAUAUGCCUAUAGUGGACCACGUUCCUCAGAGUUCCAACAGCUGUAGCUUCCAGUGGGUGACUAAAUGGGUGGACUACUCCAACAAGUACGGCUUUGGCUACCAGCUGUCUGAUCACACUGUGGGAGUUCUCUUCAACAAUGGCACUCACAUGAGCCUCCUGCCAGACAGAAAGACCAUUCAGUACUACGCAGAGCUCGGACAGUGUUCUGUUUUCCCCACUUGUGAGGUUCCAGAACACUUUGUGGGUCAGGUGACUGUCCUCAAGUACUUCUCCCACUACAUGGAAGAGAAUCUCAUGGAUGGUGGGGAUAUUGGUAGUAUGACGGACGCUCACAUGCCCAGACUGUACCUGCUGCAGUGGCUUAAGUCUGACCGCGCCCUCAUGAUGCUUUUUAAUGAUGGCACAUUCCAGGUCAACUUUUACCACGACCAUACAAAGAUCAUUCUGUGUUGCCAAAAGGAUGAGUACAUGCUGACGUACAUCAACGAGGACCGUGUUUCCAAAACCUUCAAGCUCAGCUCCCUGCUGGCGUGCGGCUGCCCCAGUGACCUGCGAGAACGCCUGGUGUACUCCCUCAACAUGCUGCUGCAGAGAUGCAGCUAAUCUGGCGGUGACAUGUCAAGGGCAGUGUUCAGACCUGUCUGUGCAGAUCUGCAGCAGAACCAGGAAUUGGCACAAGGGCCGUGCUGAGGGCGAACCUGUGCAAACUGAAUUAAUUAAUUCCUCUGCCAUUGCGCCUUAAGGACUUGGCAGUGGUGCCAUUGGAGAAAUAACAGACUGUGGACGGAGGUAAUGAAAUGUAGCACAAUGACAGAAAAGGGCUGAAUUGUAUGUUGGUUGUGGGAUAUAGAGGACAGAGCAGCAAUGUUGGACUGAGGAUGUUGGUACGCGUGUGGACUCCAGAUGUUAGGGACAGAGAGAUGGAUGAUUGCUGGGCUGGAACCGGCAAAUUUGUCGAUAAUAUUGACAUUGGUUUACAAGGGACUCCAUGAACCUGUGAUUUGCUCAAGACCUGUAUGAUAUUGUAAAUGAUGUACAGUUUAUGUCACUGAUGUCUCUGGUGCAGAAAUGCACCUUUCUACUGUGUGGAUAGAACGGGAUGCAGUACGUGAGCAGGUGUAGUGGCAUAAUAAGAUUUAAAACUGUGAGUUAUUCUCCUUGUUGACAGAUGGACUCACCAGAAAGCUGGGAAUCAGUUCACUGAUUGAGGGGAUCAAAGUAGGUAUAGGAGGAAAGCAUGACAUUAAUCCAUUGUAGGAGCUUCUCUGAGGAUCCCUAAAGAGCCAUCAUCACUUUGGGAAACAAAUGUCUCAAAUAAUUUAUUGUGUAAAAAAACAAA